AUGGCACUCGCGAUUCCCAAACUUGUCUAUCAGUGGAAUGUCACUGGAGGUGAGGGUUUUGACGCCCUGCAUUACUCCGAACAGUCUCUUCCUGAAUUAGGUGACAGCCAGGUAUUGGUCAAAUUGCUACUCAAGUACCGUGACCUUAUGAUAGUACAGGGCAAAUCAAUUCACGCUAUAGCUCCAAACGUUAUUCCGGGUUCAGAUGGAGCCGGAACGGUUGUUGCAGUUGGCAAACAUGUUCGUCGCUUCACUCCAGGUGACAGAGUUGUCACCGCUUUUUUUCAGGACUAUAUCGGGGGACCUUUCCAACCAUCUGCGGCCUUCUCAGCGCUUGGGGGUGCCUUGGAUGGUACGCUUCGUACUUAUGGUGCCUUUAAUGAGCAGGGAUUGGUUCGGAUUCCGUCAAAUCUGAGCUCUCUUGAGGCUUCGACGCUGACUUGUGCUGGAGUCACGGCCUGGAGCGCUCUUUUUGGGCUGUCUGACUACAGGGUGAGUGCCGGGAAAUGGGUUCUUACACAGGGAACAGGAGGCGUCAGUGUGUUUGCGCUACAAUUUGCAAAGGCAGUCGGUGCUAGAGUCAUUGCAACUACGAGUUCUAGCGACAAAAUCGAGUUUCUGAAAGGCCUCGGGGCUGACCAUGUCAUAAACUACAAAGAAGACGCUGAAUGGGGCAGUACCGUCAAAGCACUGACCGGCGGAGUUGGCGUUGACCACGUUGUUGAAGUUUCUGGACCAGUAUCUAUGAGACAGAGUUUGAAGGCCGUCAGGAUUAGUGGAGUUAUCAAUAUUGUUGGGUAUUUGGGAGGGCCCAAGGGUGAUCAGCCGAGCUUCUCGGACUGCUUCGAGCACAGAUGCAUCGUACGACCUAUUGCGGUAGGAUCCAGGAUCUUGCUUGAAGAGCUGUGUCGCGCGAUCGAGGCAAACCCAGAGAAGCUUCGGCCUGUCAUCGACUCCAAAGUCUAUCAUCUGGAUCAGCUCAAGGAAGCAUGUGAGUACCAGUGGUCAGGCCAGCAUAGGGGAAAGGUGUGCAUUGAAAUUUCUUAG